AUGCAGAGCGCAACGGAAGACCUUUCGCCUGUGUUGCCCGACUACUUCCCUUCCCUCACACGAGAAUGCCAGAAGGCUGGCCUCGUCUUCUUCCAUUGCUUCUCUGAGCAGUCCAAGCACAAGGGCACAGAGGACGCACAAGCCGGCGUUCGAGGCCUCGUCCUGUGUCAGGAACCCCUGCAAGCCUAUGCACAGUGCAUGGAGCGGUCUCUGAAGCAGCCCCAGAAGCCAUUCGUCCCCAUGCACUGA